UAUAGCCUUAUUAGCAUCGCACAGGUCGAUCCCGUUGCAAAUUAGCUCUACCUCAAUAUAUCAAGCCAGCGUUGAUGGCCAUCGCGUCGUGGUUGCGAUGGCUUCUUGUCGCAGUUGCCGCGCUACUGGUACUAGCGGCGAUGAUGCUGGGGAGGCGCAGCCAGCAGCUGCAUCCCAUGGUGGUGGUGCCCGGCUACGCCACCAACGAGCUCGACGCGCGGCUCACCGAACUCUACCGGCCGUCGUCGCCGCGUUGCAAGAAAACCGGCUGGUUCCGCCUCUACCUCAAUAACACGGCCCUUGAGGACCCCAGCGACGUGCGCUGCUUUGCCGAGCAGAUGAGCACGGUGUACGACCCCCUGUCCGACGACUACUACAACGCUCGCGGCGUGGAGACCAGCGUCCCCUUCUUCGGCUCCACCCAGGGACUCCGCUACCCCGACCCAGACCGCAAGGACUUUUCGUACAUGGACAAGUUCGUGUCGCGGUUGGAGCGGAUCGGCUACCACGACGGCAAGAACUUGUUCGGCGCGCCCUACGAUUUCCGGUACGCCGUGGCGCCGGUGGGCCACCGGUCCAGGGUCGGCUUGGCCUUCUUCCGGCGCCUCAAGAGGCUGGUCGAGAAGGCCAGCCGGCUCAACGGCGGCAGGCCGGUGACCAUCGUGGCCCACAGCUUCGGUGGCCCGCUGGCGUACCAGUUCCUGCUCCGGAGGCCCUUGUCGUGGCGCAAGCGGUUCGUCAGGCGCUUCGUCCCGGUGGCCGCGCCGUGGGGCGGUGUCGUCACCGUCAUGCUGGCGCUCAACUCCGGGAACAACCUUGCCCUGCCGUUCGUCGACCCGCUGGCUCUUAAGGCCGAGUACCGCAGCCUAGAGAGCAGCGUGUGGCUGCUGCCCAGCCCCAAGGUGUUCCCGGCCGCGCAGCCAUUGGUGGCCACCAAGAGCAGGAACUACUCGGCCCACGACAUGGCCGAUUUCCUUGGCGCCAUUGGGUUGCGCGAGGCGAUUAGGCCGUACAGAACCCGCGCGCUGCCCCUGUUCAGCGAGCUGCCUUCUCCACAAGUGCCCGUGGCUUGCGUCGUCGGGGUCGGGAGGGACACGCUGGAGAGGAUGGUGUACCCAGGAGACGACUUCAGCGUGGCGCCAACCAUGGUCAUGGGAGACGGCGACGGGCUGGUGAACCUGGCCAGCCUCGUCGCCGUCGAUCCGGCGUGGAGACGUUCCAGAGCCGGAGCUUCUGCUCAUUUUAAGAUGGUGAAGGUGAGCAAUGUAUCGCACACAGACCUCCUCGUCGAAGAUUGUGCUCUUGACAUUCUCAUCGAUGCCAUCCAACGCCCCAAUUGAUACAUUUAGUCCAUGCAAAUUUUCAUAGUUGCACUUCUUUUCUUUGCUCAAAGCUGGAUCUGUUUGGGACGUCAGUAUAUUUUAUCACCUCAUCUAACAAAACCAGUUGUAAUUCACUGUGCACAAGA